AUUGGAUUCCAUAGCUAGCUCUCACCAGUCGGCGCGGACAGUCGUCUAGAAAAGUGCUGCUAUGGAUAAACACAGACCCAGGGCGCUCUACCUUGACCUGAUUCACGUCAUCCUCACCUUCACCGCGUCCUUUCACCUGUCCAAAGGUCUAACGUGCAACAGGAAGGAAUUUAAAAACAAUCGGACACAAUACAACUGUUCCGGGAGAGGAGCUGAUGAUGUACCCGUCGACAUACCACGGGAUACCUCGGAAAUAUUGCUUAACAAUAACGCACUUACAAAGAUCGCAACGGGAACGUUCGAAAAUCUGAGACAAGUUGACACAAUAAAUCUGGCUAACAACAGAAUCAAAACAUUGGAGAAAAACUCGUUCCUUGAUCUACCAAAACUGACGAAAAUAAUCCUGACGAACAAUCCCCUGCUUUGUGACUGCCGAAUGAGCUGGUUCUUGGACUUCCAUAAAUACUACAGUAUUUCAUUGACUCCAACCACAAGAAAUGCGCCAUUAACAUGUAGCGCCCCCUCUUCGGUACAAGGGAGAUCAUUUACCAAACUUCAGCAGCGUGAUCUCAGAUGCGACUGCCGGAAUCCUGGACAGCUGUAUCAGGGAACUGUGAAUGUCACUGCCAGUGGACGUGCCUGCCAGCCCUGGGACAGCCAAGUGCCCCACUCGCACUUGUACGGAGCUUUUAGCCAGGCUGAAAAAAACUACUGCCGAAACUUUGAAAUUGAAGAUCCCUGGUGUCUCACGAUGGAAAACACCGUGAAAUGGGAAAAAUGCAACGUGACUAGAUGUGAGGAUUUUUGUUACCAAUACGACACGUUGGAUAUCUAUAACAAAACGUCACUGAAGAGCGAUUGCGGAAUGGUUGGGAACGUCAAAGCUGAUGAUGACAACUGCAAGAUAUUGACGGCAAUCAUGGGGGCUUUACGUGAAAUAUUGUGGAAGAGAGGAAUAGAAUGCCCUAGCACCUUCCGGUUACUGCGCGCAGCGAUAUUGAGCUCUAACACAACAUUCCGGAAGUUUCUACCCUGUACUACACCAAAACAUCUGUUUCGAGAGAAGCGUGUGGUGACUGACGUCUGUAACAAAGAGUACAUGGCGGCUGUUUUAUCUCCUUCCUCAGAGAGCGAAUUCUGCAGGAAUUUAGUGUGGUAUACAAACUGUAAGAUCUCCAGUCUGAUGACUGUGGAAGAUGUGACGUUUUCUGUGGACAAUAAGAGGGAGGUAAUCCAGAUCUUUCAGUCAGAACUACUGCUUGUUAACCUGGGACUGCCCAGCGAAAAAUGUGGUGAUACUAUGCUUUCUGACACAUUAGAUCCCAGGAAAAGUGGUGGAUCUAAAUUUCCGCGGAAUGGUUCAGCAGAUUUCAGACUCGUUGGGGAAUCUGGUCAGGACGAAGGGGUUUCCUAUAUCUUAGAUUGCAGAAUACCUGGGAAGCUAUACACGGGGUACCGAAACACGACUAACGACACUUACCUGUGCCAGCCGUGGGACGACCAAACUCCCAAUAUACAGAAUUACGACGCCUUCACAUCAGCUAGGGAGAAUUUCUGUAGAAACUUUGACCGCGACGAAGCCUGGUGUCUGCCUGCCACCUACACCAGUAGAUAUGCAGAGCCUUGUAUGGUUCCCAUCUGUGAAAACAGAUGUUACGAAAAAGCUCGCUUAGAUGCUGCAGCUAAAUUGGGGUCUUGUAAGAUAUCCAAAGACAGCGAAGACUGUAGAAAGAUUGCGCUGUACAUUGAAUGCCUGCGUAUUGAACUAGACAUAAUAAAUACAGUUGGGGGAGAAAAGGUCAACUGCGCCAACAACAAGAAGAAUAAGAUUAUUCGAUCCAUUGUUGUACAACUAGUACCUGGAAACCUGACGGAAAAACAACGCGACCAAUGCUAUCCUUCGGCGUGUUCAUCCAUCCCAGAACGAACCGACUUAAACUUUAGCCUGUUUUACGAAAUGCAGGUGAAAUAUGGAUAUGACCUUUGCGAUGCUGAGUGGUGGUAUUUGAAUAAAAUAAUAUCAGACGACGCCAAAAAUAGUCCAGACAUAUGCUAUGAAACAGAAAAAGUAAAACUCCACGAGAAAAUACACGCCAUCCGACUCGCUGAAGCCGACGACGACCCAGGAACAACGACGAUGCCGCCUUUGUUUGAGACCAGUACACUCAACAUCACACUCCACGUAAACAACAGAACAAUGGACAGCAAUGAAACAGAUUGUGGAAAUUACACGAUGGAACUGGACGUUAAUAACUUGGAACCGCAACCAACUCCUGUGGACCCUAGCGGGCCUGUCGUUACGGUAUCCGACCCCUCAGAUAAAAUGUGGAGGAUUUUAGGAGCAGUUGGUGGUACCCUGUUCGUGGUGUCUCUCGCUUGGCUGGCAGUCGUUAUAUGGAAAAGAAAAGUUCGAAAACCAGAACAAAACAGGGUUCUUGGUUUAUUUAGGGAUUUAGAGAUUGUCAAGCAUAAAGAUGACUACAUGACAUAUGAAGUGUACUCUAAAUGUAGAGGAAGCAAGGGAGAUUAUGAUGAUUACGCCUUAUUGGGGGAGACGGAGGAUCCCUAUGCUACGCUCGGUGACAAAGAAGAGGACCCUUACAAUCUGAUUCCUGACCUUGAGUCUGAAUUAAAGAAUUCGGACACCUAUAAUCUCCCCAAAAACUUUCACUCGAUGACUUUACCACGAGAUUUCGUAGAAUAUGUGAGGAUUCAAACAGGAGGCAAAUUGAAGUUUUCUGACGCAUCACUUGAAGCAUUAGAUUAUGAAUAUCGCAAAGCAGUGCGAGAUGUAUUCGAGAAUGAGUAUACCGCACUAGGUAAAAUGCAUGACGACGAAAAGGACGCUAAUGAGGAAGGCUAUUCUAAUCUAGACGACGUAAUUGCAAAAAUUGAGAAAAUGUCACAAAAAAGUUUAUCAAACGUUUCGUGUAAAGAUGACGACGGUUAUGAUUUGUCGAAAGACGACAACAAGAGCCAAGAUUCCCAGAAUCGAUGUCCUGACGUUGGGGGUGACCUUGCGGAUGACGUUGGGGAUGACAAUAAAUCUGAAACGGACUCUCUGAUUCCGAUGAUUUCCAUCAUUAAAAGGCCAAAGCUUGCCAUCCCAAAAGAGGAAAGCAAUGAUACAAACGAUGACUAUGCUAAAGUUGAAUGCCGAAUACCAACCCCUGAACACAAAAAGAGUAGUGAUUCUUCGAUCUCUCUUCAUGGAUCGGAUCAAUCGCUGGCUGAAAAUGACAACCCCGGAAACUGCUCUCGAUGUUUUUACAAAUGUCUCAGCAUAAUGAAGAGGCAGAAAAAGUUGACAGCAAUUUGCAAAAAACACUUCACAUAAAACUAUUUUAUGUGUGCCAUGUUUUCAGUGGAUUUUGUUAUCAUACGUAUUUUAAUACAUUUAUAUAUAUAUAUAUAUAUAUUGUGACUUUUUUGCAGCUAUUAUUUUUCUCUUUGAAUUAUGAAUAUGUAUACAAAUGAUGAUAGUAAACACGCUACUGUA